AUGGAGGAGGCUAUCAGUAUCGCCUUCAUUCCUGCGAGCGAAUCACUGACGGAGGAACGCUUCAUGAAGAGGCCGCUGGAGCUCGUGAGGGGAGGGCAGGCACUGCAGUGGAACAGCGGCACGCCUCUUCCGAUCAGAGGCACGCUUGCUGAUCGAGACACCUUACCGUCGGGAUCAACUUGGAAGAUGGAGCCCAAUCCCUCGGAUCGACCUCGGCUCCAAGAGUUCGGGGCAGCCAAGAGGUCUCACCGGCUGCAACGUGGUACAUGGUGCGCCGCGCCCACCGGCCCUGCGUGCCGGCAGCUCGACCCUCCGUGCCCUCAGGACAGUGGCUGGCACGCGCGGCCGCCAGCAAGUGCAUCCGUGGACGCCGAGGGUGAUUACUUAGGGGACUGGACAGGUGGUGUGAUUGUCGACAGGGAGACUGGAGUCGCGCCCACUGAUGACGGCUUCACAGUGCUGCAACGACACCCCAAGGACGGUCCGACGCUGCUCAGCUGCCCCGAGAACAGGCCGUUCAAGGACAGCGCCCCCAUCCCCAAGGCCUCGGCACACCUGGCACGCGAUCUGGACUUUGGCUUGCCCAUGCAGCGCGACAAUCCGAGGGCAACGUUGGUUUCGUGGCACUGGUCGCUCAGGUGCUCGCCGCCAGCGGCGCGCAUGAUCGCGAGCGGCGAGCUGUUCCUGCUCAACGGGGAGACGCUCGGCCAGCUGCGGCUGCUGCCCGCCUUCCUGAACAAGAGCAUCUGCGUCCUGGCGACCGGCACGGACCGCAUCUACGUGGCGUGCGAGCCCCCAGUGCCGCCGCAGGAGGUCCCGAGGCAGCCCUGUGCGGUCUGGUGCUUGCGGGGGGACAGCUUGGAGCCGGAGCUGUGCCAGGACUUCGAGGCCAUCGACGGGAGCCUCCGCGAGAUCGCGAUCGGGGACCAGCACGUCCUCGCGCUCACCCGCGAGGGCACGGUGUGGAGCAGGGGCACCGCGGUCUACGGCAACACCGGGCACGGCGGAGCCACGGACGUGGAGGAGUUCCGGCCGCUCGCCGCGCUGCAGGGGCGCAGCGUCAGGGCCAUCUCGAAGCGCGGCGAGACGGGGCUGGUCGAACAAGUGGAGUCCGUCCCCCGGUUCGUGCCCACUGUGACGAAGUUCCGGGUGGCCAAGGUGAGCUGUGGCAACGCCCACGUCCUCGCUGUGACGGAGAGCCAGCAGUGCAUCUCCUGGGGCGAGAACACCUGCGGGCAGCUGGGCAUCGGCCGCAAGUCGAAGCCGACGCACAGGCCGCAACUUCUGGACUCCAUCCCAUCGCAGAUCAGGGAGGUCUCCGCGGGCUGGGCCCACUCGGUCGCAGUAGGCACCGACGGGCGCGUCUACAGCUGGGGGCUCAACUCGCACGGCCAGCUCGGCCUCGGCGACGUGGCGGCGAGGCUGGCGCCGCACCUCCUGCAGGACCUCGUGGACGUGCACCAGGUGGAGUCGGCCCACGCGGCGAGAACGCUGACGGCUUUCCUGUCGACGGAGAAGCGUCCGCUGCUGUGCGGGCAGAUCCCCUUCAGGGUCGGCACGAAGCACAGUGCCCGAAGUGAGAGCGGACCCAGGAGCGUGAAUGGAACAACGCCCCGGCGACCUGGCAGCAUGGACCCAGACCAGUGCGUGCUUGCCCCCGUGCCCCUCACCAUCGCCGCACCGGACCUCAGCGGCGUCAGGUCGCAGCUGUCUCAGCUCCUGGCUUACGAUCGGGGCGUGGUUGCGUUCGCGCGAAGCGCCGUGCACAAGGUGGAGCCGAACCUGGCCCCGCUCAAGGGGGGCACGCCCGUGCGCGUUCACGUCAACGGGCUUCCCUACUUUCCGCCGGCCCGCACACACGCGGUGGACUCCACGACGACCUCAGAGAUGGCGGCGGACGCUAUACCAGUAAGGGAGUUCACGACGCCGAACGUGGUGGAUUCGCCGCUGGUGGACCCAGAAGCCACGUUCGCAGUGCAGGUCCGCGUCUCCGUCGACGACGGCUUCACGUGGACCCCCGACCGCUACCCGAUCCUCAGCGCCUCCGCUCCAGCGCCUCCGCCUGCGCCCCCCAGCCGAGCGCCGGCGCCCCGCAGGCGGAAGCCGGCCGACGGCGCGAAGCCGACCGACAGCGCCCUGCAGCUGGGCCUCCAGGGCCUGAUGGGCGACUCCAAGCCGGUGCAGGCGGACGCGCCGCUGCUUUGGUACAGCUGGCGGCCGAAGGACGGCCCGACGCACGUGGAGCCGCGGUGCGUACCCGUGGCGGGGGGCUCGGAGCUGCUGCUUCACGUGGAUCUCCCUCCGCAGCUGUCGGCCGAGCAGCUCGCCGUGAAGUUUGUGUGCACGCCGCGGCAGUCGGUCGGCGGGCCCGCGGGCAGGGCACCCUCGCGGCCACCGUUGGCGGAGACGGUGGGCCCCGACCACGACGCGGUGGCCGAGCUCCCCCCAGCCAUGCCCCUGGAGGUCCAGGUGGCCGCCUGGCUGGACGCCGGAGGCCACGGGGUCCGGGUCGUCUCGCCGCCGCUGGACGCCGAGAGCAUCGGGCUCUACGACUUCUCGGUCGAGCUGUCCCUCGACGGCCGGACCUAUCUCCCGCGUGCCCUGCCACUGAGCGUCUACGACCUCCGCGUGACCGCGCUGGAGCCCAACACGGGCUCGCUGCUGGAGCAGACGCAGGUGAAGGUGCGGGGCGCGGGCCUCGUGCCGUCCGACGUCCACCGGGUGCGGCUGGACUUCCCCCAAGAGCUCGGCUGGAAGCGGAGGCAGCUGCCCGCAAGCCUCGACCUCACCACCGGGGAGGUGUCGUUCACGAUGCCGGACCUCGCGGCCGAGGUGCGGGAGCGCGCCGACGCGGCGCUCGGGGCGGGCAGGGUGGAGCCGCAGGUCUCCGUGGAGCUCUCGCUGAACGGGCAGAACUUCACGCGGGACGGCGUGCCCUUCACCUUCCACGGGCCGCUGCGGCCCGCCGCGGUGUGCCUGCUGGCCCUGCCCGAGGGCUACGUGGCGGAGGAGCCGCCCGACCCGAAGGCCAAGGGCAAGAAGGCCGCCCCGGAGGAGGCGGAGCCGAGGCCGCUCCCGCCCGCCGCGAAGCUCGGCUGCGCCGUGGAGGGCCUGUGCCCGGCUGGGGACGCGGCCGCGCCCUCCUUCGCGGUGCUGAGGGCCGACCUGCUAGUGAGGGCGGCGGCGCCCGCGGAGCAGGGCAAGAAGGCCAAGGGCAAGGCCGCGGAGCCCGAGGACGAGGAGGAGCCGGUGCUCCUGCGGGUGGUGGAUCUUCCCGCCCUGGUGGAGACCAUCACGCCCAAGGCGCCCAAGGGCGGAAAAAAAACAAAAAACAAAAAAAACUAAAAGAACAAACAACAAAAAAAAAAACGCCCAAGGCGCCCUCGCCGCCGCCGCCCGACCCCAAGGACAAGAACCCGCAGGCCCCGCCGGAGCCGGAGCCUCUCACGCCCGUGGAGAUGAUCACGGCCCUCACGCCAGCGAUACGCUCGGAGGAGCUGCCUGCUGCUGGCUGCACGCUGCUCCUGGCCAACUUCCAGGUUUCUCUCAACGGCCAGGCUUUCGUGCCGUGCCCAGUUGGAGAUGGCGCCUCUGGGAUGCGGUUGGAGCCGCUUCCGCCGGAGCAGUAAGCUGGACGAUCGGCAGGUUGCGUUUCGGAUCUCUUGUCCCUCUCCUCUCCCUAUGACCAUGUCCUGCUUCAGUUGCCUCCCUCAGCACUCCGUCGCCGUUGUGCUGCCCCCCCUGACUGUUUCUAGCCUGCUCGCGCGAGGCAAAGCCUCCACAACUGUGCAGUAGCAGCAGAGAGCUUGUCGAUGUCUAAAUCUCGAGUCUCGGGA